AUGGCUGCCGAAGAACAGAUUUUCCGAGAGUUUCUUGAAACGUACAAUCGAAUUGUUGAAGAAUGUUUUAACCGAUGUGUUUAUACAUUUAAUUAUCGAUAUCUACUCGAAGAUGAAAUUGACUGUACGUCACGAUGUACGUCGAGAUUCGUUAAUUAUAAUCAACGAAUGGCCAUGAAUUUUGCGCAAAUUCAAGCGAAAAAGAUGAUCGAUAUGCAAGAGCAAGCUGAGGCUGAACAGCAAGCUACGACCGAUGUCCCUAAACCUUCCUAA